AUGGGAUAGAUCUGUAAAUUGCCUUCAGUAACUGAGUCAAUCUAAGAUGAGGAUUCAAACGACAAAAGACCUCAAUCUUAAGAUUAAUAACAAUAGGAGUAAAUUUUGAAUAGCAAUCAGUUGAAUACAGUACCUAAUUAAUACUCAUUAUAAUUGUCAUGUAAUUAGGAAUUUGGGAUUCCUCAAUUUGGAUAAAAGAUGCAUUCUCUUCAAGAUAGUUGUUUCACACCUGAGUUCUUGGGAAUCAGUUAACCAUUUUAAUAAUAAGUGAAUAUAUAUUAAUAAUAAUUUUGAACUAUCGAAUUUUUCCAAAAAAGAUGAAGGUAACAAAAAUGUUAUGAAUUAAGGAAAGUAACGUCAAUCAUCUGUGCAUACUGAACAAUAGAACAGAAAAUCCUACAGAAGAUCUGCAUCAGCUGUUUAAUCCGGAAGGAAGAUUUCACAUAGUGCUAUCACUUUGAGGGAUAAUCAAAUUCAAAUCAGUAUUAUCAACAACAUCUCACAGUGUUUAGCAAAAAAAGUACUUUUUCUAAUCUAAACCUUAGAAAAUUUACGUUGAAAUUUAUUCUGGUCCCUAAUAAAAUGAUCGAAAUCAAUCAGAUUGUGAAGAUGAGAUUCUUUAUGCUCUAGGUGCUACCAUAGUAAAAAAAUUAAGUAAACAUACUCACUAUCUCAUUUGGCAAUGUAAAAUCCUAUUAAAAAUUUAGAUGGUUUAUUGAGUACAUUGGAGAAAGCAAAGGAAUGGAAUAUCAAGAUAGUCAAUCCUAUGUGGGUCAAUGAGUAAAUCUUAAAGUUAUUUUAGAUGCCUUACUAAAAAGAGGGAAGUCGAUGCUUCAAAUUUCCCAAUCAUUCAAUUAACCCCCCAAGAGGUUCAAGAGUUACUCAAGAAAGAUGUAUUUUAUGUAUUUAUAUAGAGAGUUCAUAUAAAGAAAGGAAAACAAUCAAAUCAAUAAAUCUAAGAAGAGGAAGAAGAAAUCAACGAAUUUAAAACUAGACACAUUUUUAGUUAAUUCAAGGAUCAAUUAUAAUAAAUAGCUAAAAGCACCAAUAAAUCAUAUGUGUCAAUUUCGCAUUAUAAACAAUCCUCCAAAGAUAUACAUGACAAAGUUAAGUAAGAACUAAUACAUGAAGAAUUGGAAACAGAAUAAUUAGAAGUGUCAUAAAAAAUGAACUCUCAAAUGUUAUCCAAAAAGAGUUCGAAAAAUUAAAAAUCAAAAACAUAAUAAAUUGAGUCAAAAUUCAACUUGGUUUUACAUAAAUCAUGUGAUUUUAACAUAUUGAAUUUAUUUGAAUAAAUAAAUUUGAAGUAAAUUUCAAUUAUAAUAAAGAGAUUAGUAUCAAUUAGUUAUGGAAGAAGAUAUGAAAAUCAAGUGCGAUAUACUUGUUAUCAAUGAGGAUAAACUGGUUUAUGAUUUGGUUUUUUGUUGUUGUUGUUUAAAUAAGUAGACUAAAAUUAUUUCUUAAAAAUGGAUUAUCAAAUAGUAACAGAAUCAGAAAAAGGAGAUAUCUUUUAAUCAAUAUCUUUUGAAUUACAAUAUGUAAAAGAGUACUAAUAACAUUAUUACAAUAGAAAUAUUGUUCCCUUAUAACUUUUACGUUUAUUUCUCCAAACCAAAGACCUCUUAAUAAAAGAAUAUUAAUCAAAAUUUAAAGUAAGGUUUAGAAUAAUUGAUCUAAAAUUUUGGUGGAAAGGUACAAAUAUUUAAUUAAACUAGAUAACUUCAAAAGAAUUUUGUGAUAUAAUGGUAGUAAUGAAGAUCAUGUUAAAGUCUACUGCAUAAACAAUACUCAAUUCAAACCCUAAUAUUAAAAUUAUUCAUGCAGAGUGGUUAUACAAGUCGAUUUAACAAGGUAGUUUGACUGACUUGAAUGAAUAUAUCAUCUAAUAUUGA